AUGUAUAUAUACAGACAAGUGACAAACAAGUUUUUUUGGAGUUACAUGAGGAGAUUGAGAGGCAAAUUGAGAGAGAUAAACUCUGCAACGAAGCUUCGGACCGAAUUGAGAGAGCUGAGAUCGAGAGCCAAGACGAAAAUCUCCGAAUCAGGAAACUCCGAUACUAUACGAGCCUUAGCUUCCACCGCUGCUUUGAGGUUCCGAGCCGGAAGGACUAGCCUCGCGCCGCGUUUAGCUAACACUCGAGCCGUCUCGGCUCCGAUCCCUGACGUGGCACCUGGUGAACCACACGAUCAAAGCCGUAGUAAUUAA